AUGCUGCGGAACACGGGGAAAGCCUCCACGGCCGCGUCAGAGAAGGCAAAGGAGAAGAACAAAAUUUAUAACAAACGAAUAGAUAAGGAAAUACAAAAUUUGAAGCAAUCAAAACUUCUGGAUGAUAGCAAUGUAUACAUAACCGUUAGUCAAGAAAACGAGGAGCAGAACAGUGACCCAGUUGUCUUCGGCCACAGUUUGGACAACACGGAGAGCAACACAUAUUUGCUCCUACUGGAAACGUUUAGUGAGGAAUAUUUUCAAAGUGAGAAUUUUUUUGUGAGCAAUUUUAUUAAUCAUAUAAAAGUUGUAAAGGAAAAGAUAAAGGGUGGAGCUUUCCCCACAAGUGGUCAUAGGAGUAGCAACACCUCCCUCAUUGGAGAAGUGUACAAAUACGGGGAAUAUAAAAAUAGUUUGUGUCCUUUUUUUGGCGUUUAUGAGACGCUAUGUUUGGAGAGCAUCUUCGAAAGCUUCCAAAACUUUUUAAGCGAAAUUUGUUUUUUCAGACAAAUUUUUGAAACCUUUAAAAAUGGCUUCAUGAGGGAGCAGCGCAUCUUUGGGGGAAUGAGCGAGGAAGACAGGGCAGAGGAGAAUUCCCCAUGGGACAGUCGUCAGAGCAGUGAAUUUUCCUUCUUCACCAAUACCUUCUUCGAAAUUAUAUACAAAGAUUUCACUACCCAUUUGCAAACCAUCCAAAGGGAGAUCAUAAUAAAAUUACAGGAAGGGGAAGAGUACGAAGAGGAAUCAUUUUAUGAGAUUUUCUCUGAAUUCUUCUAUAAGUACUAUAGUAUAAAAGAAAGUGUUAUGUUUUCAUUUUUCGUUUUUGAGGACUACCCGUUUAGCAAACCGUACGUUAAUAUAGAAAAUCUACCCUCUUCCUUUUUUAAAAAAAAAACACAAAAAAAAUUGAAGGGAGAUAAAUAUAAUCAGAAAAACAUACUCAACAUUUUACUUCACCAAAAGGGCGAAGGGUGGAUCCCAAAAAUUACCAUCGGAAAUUUAUUCGAAGAGUGCCAAAAGUUUGUUCAUGUAAUUUUUUUCUUUUAUCAGUACAAAGUUUACCUUUUUUUCUAUUACCUUAUGAAGCAUAAAAUAUUUGAGCUCUUUCUGAAAAGCCACUGCAAGGUGAAUUUGGAGACGUACCCCCUUGUCUAUGCCUACGUAGCUGCUGUAGACAAAAAAAUAGUAGCAAAAACAGAAAGAAAAAAAAAUUAUUCCAAUUUGCUGUACAGCAUUGAUAACUGCGAAUGCAUUAAUCAAGACUUCUUUUUGUAUAAAUUUUUUUACAAUUAUAAAAGGGUAAAGAGGAAGUUGGCCAGCCCUGUUGUGGAUGAUGAAGGGAAGACGACUGCCCUUACGGAUCACCUAAUGGAGAUGAAAAAAAAAAGAUAUAAGUAUUAUAUAUAUUUGUUUUUCCUUCUUUUUCUUUUUUUCCUCCCUCUAUUUAUUAAAAAUGUGUUUAUAUACCAGACGGAGGAAAUUCAGUAUUAUCUCCAAAACGCGGGUAACAGCUGUUUCGUGCACUUUGAAAAUAUGCCUAGUGACACCCAAGGGUGGGGAAACCAUCCUCUGUUUUGGGUUUACAUGGGAGGAAUAAGCAAGGUAAGCUCCACAUGGAUGGGUGACGAUGUGAAGAAUGGCCAUCCCGGUGAGGGGGCACACACAGUACGUGGAAAGAUGGACAAGGAAGGAGCGAGCAAACAGGGGGAUAACCUCGUAGGAAGCAGUGACAACAGGGAGGAGGGCCAAGAAGAAAGGGUGACAAACUCUACAGCGAGUACACAACACGACGGAGCAAAAGAUAAUGGAAUAAGCAGCAAUGUGAAGAACGCACAGAACGGGGGGAAGAGCGACGCCCCCCCAAAGGGUAUCAUCACCGUCCUGCUAGCCAUUUCCGAGUUUCUGCUCUUCACACUGGGGAUUAUCUACAAUUUGCGUUUACUAAAAAAAAGGAUUGAACACAACAACUUGGUGUUAAACAUUUGCUCUGCCAUGCUAAUUCUGUACAGCCCAAUUUUUAUUUCCAAGAAUACCAACUACGUAACAACUCUAUCCCUGGGGUUGCUCUUCUGGGCCAUCAAUUUAAUUUUACAGAAAAAAAUGUACAUGUCCAUUUGUGUGUAUUUUAUAUCCAUCUAUUUUGAUCUGCGUAAUUUGAGUUUUUUCGUUCCCUUCCUAUUUAUCUAUGUUUAUAUAAGCAGCAUGUAUGUGAGGAGAAAAGGCAACAAGGUGAAGACGUCACUUAAAAAUUGGUGCCACGUUUGCAGGUAUGUGCUCCUUUACCUCCUAUCAUAUGGUGUGAUCACAUAUUUUUUAUUUUAUAUUUUUUCCUCCGACCAAAUUGGAUGGAUGGACACGGCAAAACGGUGUGCACGUUUUUUGGGUGCCCAUUUGGAACGCACGGGAGAGGCCUUUCCGGGAAGAAGCCACGUCGCCUCGUCCAUUCGGGGAGCGACCACAUGGAAUGGAAGUAAACACACGGAAAGAAUGGUAGACGGAGGGGGCAUCCUCCCCGUUGGGAAUCCCCACCAUGCGCAGAUCUUUUUCCUGUCCCUUAUCCCCCACAUGUUGAGCAUCCUUAUUAAUUACCUCCUCGUCGUGAAUACCAUUGCUAAGCUGUACGUCUCAUUAGCCGUUUCAUGCAUCAUAUUUUUUUUUACCUCCUGGGGGGACUCAAAUUCGUGCGAUUAUUUCCUAACCGUGUUGUGCAUUUUUCAGUUCCUUUUUAUCAACGUUGUUCGUAGCUCAAGCAUUCUGUUUAAUGUUCUCAUUUCUUCCUUCAUAGUAUUAGCGUGUGAUAGUUUUAAUGUGUACUUAUUUUGGCUAUCCAUUUUUUAUUUUCUUGUUCAUAUUUAUUUAAUGUUUCCUUGGGUGAAUUUCCUUCCCAAUGUGAAUUAUCAUUUUCGUGUUUUUUUCCAUUUGGUGUGUCAACUGUGCAGGUACGUUGUGUGUAACUUGCUUCAUUUGUAUGAGACGUGUAUAAAGGAUUUUGCCCUUUCCUUCGUGGUCAUUCUUUUUCCUCACUCAUCUGUUAUCGCGCCACUGCAUGAGAAGAAUACUCAGUACAUCAUUCAACGGAAGGAAAUCCAACGGAAGAUUAUUUUUUGUUUGUGCUCCCAUUUGUCUCGUGACUUUUUGCACCUCCCCCUGACGUGUUUCUCUUUGGCGCUUUUUCUGCUGCUUGGAUUUCUGCGGCUACACACCCCCCAGAGGUCCCUCCGAACCGCCCUCUGCACACUGAAGUGUUUAGUCGUGACCACCUUGCUGGCAAUACUUCUGUUAUUCUACACAAAACGGAAGCAAUUCAGAAAGCUUGACUUCCUGAGCAUCCCCCAGUCUGCACGCAAGAGGGCGUUCCCGCUGGAGCGACCCAAGAAGUUGUGA